UAUAUUCACCGAACCCUUCCAUCCAACGGAGCGUAAAAUUUGGUUUGGAACAUAGCAUCGGACAUAUACCCAAAGCCCUCGCGAUCGAACCUUGCCUUGUACGAGCCGCCGCGUUGGCCAUAGAAAUGGAAGAGCGAAUGAAGUGUUUGGCUUUGGUUGGAGCUGGAGCUCUGUUGGGUUCUGUCACCACGAUAGCUCUCUUUAGGCUCAUCACCAGAAGUGUUGCAAGCCAACCCAGUAGGAAUGUAAUUGAUUCAGAAGGUAAAGGAUUUAUACCUGAUAGAGCUGUCAAAGGCCACGACGUUUGUGGGAAUCAGAACCACGAGAGACCUAAUGUAGACCUGCUAAAAGAUGAGAUAGUUUCAGAACAACUUACCAGGAAUAUUCAGUUCUUUGGCAUUGAAUCCCAACAGAAAGUGUCUGCAUCAUAUGUUGUUGUUAUUGGUCUUGGAGGGGUUGGGAGUCAUGCGGCAUCUAUGCUACUGAGAUCUGGAGUCGGUAGGCUCCUCCUUGUGGAUUUUGACCAGGUGUCUCUUUCAUCACUUAAUCGACAUGCUGUUGCAAUAAGAGAGGAUGUUGGUAUUCCCAAGGCCCAUUGCCUGAAGAAGCAUUUCUCAUCAAUUUUCCCAGAAUGCCAUGUUGAUGCAAAAGUACUAUUGUAUGAUACAUCCUCUGAAGAAGAAAUUCUUUCUGGCCACCCUGAUUUUGUACUGGACUGCAUUGAUAACAUUGACACAAAGGUGGCACUUCUUGCUGCAUGUGUACGUAGGGGUUUGAGAGUUCUGUCUGCAACAGGAGCUGGUGCAAGAGCAGACCCAACAAGAAUCCGUGUGGCUGAUUUGAGAGAGUCAACAAAUGACCCACUAUCUCGAGCAGUAAGGCACCGUUUGAGGAAAGAUCACGGUAUUGAAGGUGGCAUUCCAUCGAUCGUCGUCUACAACUACAAACUCAUCAUUACCUCAUCUAGAUUUGUUGCCACCGCUUUCAAAUCCAUCACUACUGUUGUUAUAAAUAUAUCUUGAUUUCAGAUUGUACCAGGUUUUAGGGUUCGGAUCAUUCCAGUUCUUGGUACCAUUCCUGCAAUUUUUGGACAAGUCAUGGCUUCCUAUAUUGUGACACAACUGGCAGGGUUGGGAGUUCAAACAGAGCCAGUGGUGAAUUUUGGAAUGGAUCACUACCAUGUGCUCCAUCAGCGCCUUAUUGAACACGAGGAGUUAUUAUAUGGCACAUCCAUGCAAGUACAGGUAGAUGUUGAAGAAGUUAUGUAUAUUGUAAAAGAAUUGUGGCAUGGAGGAAGUGCAAAAGAGCAAUCUACAAAAGCUGUAGGGCGAGGAAUGUGGCGUUCUAUCAAUGACUUAAUGCUUGUUAGGUGGGAUAGUGCAAAGCCUGCUUCCAUCUCAAAUUUAAUCCUUCUAAGAUUUAAAGAGGCUAAUGAACAUGAGUUGAGGACACUUGAAGAUAUAAAGGACAAGGAACCGGAAUUUUUCUCAAGGGUAACAUCUGUGCUGAAGCGUGCUGAAGUAGAUUUUGGUCUGUAACUGUCAUUUCUUCUCCAUUAAUAUUUCAAGGUCUCUUCCAUAGGCUACAAUUUGUUCUUGCACAAAUAGGCCUAGCAUUAGAUUAGCAAAUUUCCAGUUUCACUUAUUGUCCAGUAGCUUGAAGGUAUCUGUUAGUGUUAUGACUGCAUCAGACUUGAGAAGCUGUAUUCAUGAAUCAUGACAGAUACAACUUGUUUGGAAGAACUGUAAUAUUUGCUCAAUCCCAUGGAACAAUUAAAAGGCCUGUAAAUGGGGACUGCUUGUUUGAUGGCAUUUUAGGAGUUAAGAUGUUACGAGCAGAAGCAAAAUGAUUCAGAGUAUUUGCAUGAGAAAAAUGCUUGUUUACAUUUCUGAAUUUGAAUCCCAUAAGAGCAUAUACAAUAACUUGUUGACCUC